UCGUCGAACACUCGACAGAAGCUAUAUAAACAAAUCCCUUUGCCAUGAUCAAAUGGUGUUUAAGGUGCUACGUAAGAGUCGAUAUACUGCCAUCUAUUGAAUUGUAUUUUCGAAAUUGUUUGUUUAUUUGAAAAAUUUCAGAGGUGCUCUAACCAUAGAUAUGUACACAAACAAAGGCGGUCAAUCUCAUAGAAUAAUACUAUGCAUUGAGUUGUAAUUAGCUGCGUUUGUACCUUGAAUAUCAUGCUCAGAGGUUCACUUUGUUAUGUUAUUCAAUACCGAUAUCGUGAUGUGUAUCUCUAUUUUUGUGAAACAUGGUCUACAAGCAGUGUUGAAGUAGAAGGGUAAAAAUUUGGACUCUUCGCUGCCGCAGACCGUGACAAACACUCUAGCAACGCCUCUUCCUAUCACGAAUCGUGACAGAUGCCUUAGGAACGUCUCCAUCACAGACCAUAACAGAUAUGUUGGUAAAUUUCCUUAUUUACGAUGUGAGCAGCUCGAUCGUGUUUCCCAUUUUAAUCCCGCACGGAUUGUGCAAAUAGCUUUUUAGAUUUAUUUCUAUUUCUAUGCUAUAUAUAAGCAACCAUUCAACAUGCCUAUUAUGAUUUUUACCUUAGGUUAGAUCAUAGUAUAACUGUGCUCGUUAUCUAACCCUAGAUCUUAUGUAUUCACUCUAUGUAUUCUAUAUCUCUAUGUGUUCAUACUAUAUUUUCCAGGUUUUUGUAAUCACUCUCUCUUUGCUUUCAUGAUAUCUAUCUCCCUUUUAUAUUCAUGUAUUCGUUCAUCAUUCCGGCCUAUACAUAGACUGAUUUCAGUUCAAAUAGACAUGCAAUAGCCUAACGAUUUCUUACUUAGUAUAACAAUGGCCAACAAACGAUACUCAAAACACCGUUGCAGAAAGUAUCUUUUUUUUCUUCACGUAGAAUCAUAAAAUACCUAAUUUUAUUGAUAGAUCUCGACCGCACAUAAAAAAUUCACGUUCAAAAUCCAAAUCAUCAGUAUCAAAACUACCAUCAUCAUCGUCUUCAUUACAAACUACCGGUAAACGUAAAUUAUCUGCUUCAAGUCAGAAAAUUGUCAGAAAGCAAGAAAAGUAUAACAAAUUAUCAUCUGUUUGUGAUGCACCGUUGGAUGGAUAUUCCAUCAUCCAAAAUGAACUAUUACUAUCAUUAUUAUCAAAAACCAAAUGUGAAUUAUGCGAAAAGCAAUGGGAUGGAAAAGUUUACAUAAACAAACGAGAAGGACUCUUUAUCAUUCUCAGCUUUGAAUGUGAUUUUUGCAAUUUGAGUCCUCAAGUACCAGGUUCUACACACCACGAAAUCAAUGUGAGAGCUCAAUUUGCGGGUCAUUUAACCGGUAUUCGUCACGCUGGUUUGAAAAAAAUCUCAGCAGCACUAAAGUUACCACCACCACUCGAGGAAGGACGUCAUUAUAUAUGGGAUAAAGAAUUAUUACAAUUGAUUAAACCAUUUGCAACCGAAUCUAUGCCAAAGCCGCACAAGCAGCAGUUCAGGUUGCCAAAAGUACUGAUAUUACAGUAAGCGGUGAUGGAACAUGGCAAACUGAGGACUUCGCAAGCAAGCAUGGAGCUGCUGCCUUAUUGUCUAGCUGUCCUUCACCAAAAGUUAUUGAUAUCGAGACAUGUUCAAAAACAUGUAACGUUUGUACGGGUAAUUCUCCUUGAUUAUUUUAUUUUUAUCAAAAAAUAGAGCCAUACUCAACUAUUUUUUUACUUCAGGUGCUCAAAGUUUGUGACAAUUAGAAACAUCGGAAGCUCGAGAAAAAUACGAUCAAAUAAUCACUACCCAAUAAUGUGGCAAAAAUUUCGAUGAACCUUCA